AUGUCUAAAGGAGGGGAUCCAUCGAAAGACGGUGCAACUAUUAAAGCAACUAAAAUUCACAAGGAAACGAAAAAGGUGACUCAAGCAAGCUCUGUUACUCCAGCAUUACCGGUUAUUUCUCUUCCCAUCACUGAACUGCCAACCGCAGGAAAACUGGAAUUUCAACCUUCACCAAUACAUGUAAUGAGUAUGAAUGCAGGCGGUCCCAGUGACGGGAAAGGUUCUGCCAAGAUUCGGAGAGAAUAUUUUGCAGGAGUAGUUCUGGAUAAUGAGCCCGAGAUUUUCUUGAUUCAGGAAUUCCGAUGGCAGGGUAUCCGAGGAGAUGUUUGGAAGGACACCCCUCUACCUGAUCGCUAUGAAUACACCGGCAACAUGGAAGCAAGUAUUAUGUACGAUUCUAAACGCUUUCGACUUACAGAGUUAUCUCAAACAAAGUUGCAGGCGCCUUUAGACGAAUUGAAAAGAAAAGGAAAAGUAUCACAAGACUUUACACCUAUAGCACGUAGUUGCGUGCGACGUUUGGAGAUUAAGGACCCAUUAUCUACAGAAGCUUUCAGAGUUCUUGUUGUAUCGUGGCACGGUAUACAUUCUCGAACAAAUGAAGCAGAAAAGAAGACACAAUUUCGUUAUCUGCAAAUCUAUAUGAAGGAACUGUCUGAGCGCGAAGAGGCCGUUGUACUUCUUGGCGGAGAUUUCAAUAUCAGGAUUGACCGCAUCAGAAGUCUUGUUGAUCCUGGGGAGUUCAUCCUGUAUGAGUAUCAACCGUCAAAGCGACGGAAGGGAAACAUCAUAGAUUAUUUCAUGGCUUCUCCAGCAUUGUCUCUCACAGACGUGAAGUACAUUAACUUGGCCGAGAUAAGGAAAUUGACAAGCCAUGAUCCUUACAAAGUACUAGAUCACGAUCCAAUUUCUGCAGUCAUGACCAAAAAAAAGGGUACAAAUGAAUCGAUGAUUCCACCACCGAAGAUAUCUGUACAGAACACACUGUUAGCGACAGGAAGAGCAAAUUAA